UCAAUACACAAUAUUACAAAAUAACAUGGGCAAAAUACACUGUACCCGGAAGGAAGUCCGUCUGUACAGCUCAGUUUAAUAAUGGCUGUGUUCAUGUACAUCUUAGUUUCUAUGACCGCUGUUAAUCACGUUCUGGGUGCAUCACUGUCUAUAUCUGAAUCUUCAUCUUAUGCAGUGUUGAAUCAGCCGUUUACCUUGACGUGUACAGUGUCACAGGCUGCUAACCUGAAUGAUAAAGUACAAUUCUUUAAGAAAACUUUAGUAAGUGGAUUUACUUCCCUCAGCCAGAAUAUGGCCUCAUGUUCUGUGUUCAAUGAUCCACCAUCAGGUUACACAGCAUCCUGUGGCAGUGGAACAGACAGCAGCUCGUCCACCACUAAGAAGUAUACUCUGGUGAUCAACAGAGCUGCAGUCGGUGAUGCUACAGACUGGUGGUGUGAUCUGAAUACAGCUACAACACGCAGCAACACAUUCAGUCUGCAGAUCAGCAGUGGUCCAGACUCUAUUACAUUCAGUCCACCAUCACCUGGGCCUGUAGCAGAAGGAGACAGUCUGACUGUGAUGUGUACUGCUAAUUGUACACCAUGUUCCUAUUCCUGGACUCUGAGAAACCAGCCGAUCUCACCAACCUCUCAGUUAACACUGACAAACAUCAACAGGAGUCAGACAGGGAAUGUGUACACGUGUACAGCGACCAACUCAUUUUUAUCAACAUCUAAAACUAAACAGUUCACACUGACAGUAAAUUAUGGUCCAGACAGUGUCCAGCUGAACAGCACUUCUCCACUGACAGUGAAGGAAGGUGACGAUGUAUCUGUGUCAUGUGGAGCUACUAACUGUUCUCCAUCCUGUUCUUUCACGUGGAUGUUUAAAUCUCAGAUAAAAUCAAGCAGUUCUGUGUUGCCAUUAAAUAACAUACAGAGAUCUGCCACUGGUGACUAUACGUGUACGGCUAGAAACAAAAACACACAGCAAUCAUUAGACAAGAAAAUUACUCUGGAUGUACAGUACCAAUCUUCAAUCACUUCUCUGAGUUUGAACUCGCAGUCUGCAAGUGUUACAGUUGAUGAGCUGACUGCUAUGAUUCUGAGAUGUGAUGUUACCAGUAAUCCAGGAUCUCACAUCAAACUGAUGAACAACUCACAUACUCUACGUGAUGUGACAAACUCUAAACUUGCUAAUUAUACAUGGAACGAGGCUGGAUGUCUGGAUACAGGACACUACACGUGUGAAGCAGGAAACAACAUCAAGUCAGCUGUCAACAAAAGUGUGCAGCUUGUUGUUAGAU